GGCGGCGGGCCGAGCGGAACCGAGCCGAACGCGCGGGCCCCGGGCGGCGCCGCCAGGAUGCCCCGGCCCGCGGGCCGCUCCGCCGCCAGCCACCCCCGCGGCCCCCGGCGGCCCGCGCUUGGCCGGGGAGCUCGAGAGCCGCAGCCGGAGCCGGAGGCGGGAGCAGCGAGCAGGAGCCCCGGGCGCCCGAAUGCAGGAUGCUCGCAGUCCCUGGUGUCUUGGAGCCCGUGCGUGUGAGCGCCGCUGCUCCGAGCCAAGCCCUGGCCCCGAGGAUGUCUCAGCUGGCGGCCAGCUCCCGUCUGCACCAUGAGUGAUGAGCGGCGGCUGCCUGGCAGUGCGGUGGGCUGGUUGGCAUGUGGUGGCCUUUCCCUCCUGGCCAACGCCUGGGGCAUCCUGAGCGUGGGUGCCAAGCAGAAGAAGUGGAAGCCGCUGGAGUUUCUGCUGUGCACGCUCGCGGCCACCCACAUGCUCAACGUGGCGGUGCCCAUCGCCACCUACGCCGUGGUGCAGCUGCGGCGGCAGCGCCCCGACUACGAGUGGAAUGAGGGCCUCUGCAAGGUCUUUGUCUCCACCUUCUACACCCUCACCCUGGCCACCUGCUUCUCCGUCACCUCCCUCUCCUACCACCGCAUGUGGAUGGUCCGCUGGCCCGUCAACUAUCGGCUGAGCAACGCCAAGAAGCAGGCGGUACACACGGUCAUGGGCAUCUGGAUGGUGUCCUUCAUCCUGUCUGCCCUGCCGGCCGUCGGCUGGCACGACACCAGCGAGCGCUUCUACACCCACGGCUGCCGCUUCAUCGUGGCCGAGAUCGGCCUCGGCUUUGGUGUCUGCUUCCUGCUGCUAGUGGGUGGCAGCGUGGCCACGGGCGUGGUCUGCACCGCCAUCGCCCUCUUCCAGACGCUGGCUGUGCAGGUGGGGCCGCGGGCCGGCCACCGCGCCUUCACGGUGCCCACCAUCGUGGUGGAGGACGCUCAGGGCAAGCGCCGCUCAUCCAUCGACGGCUCUGAGCCGGCCAAAACCUCGCUGCAGAUCACGGGGCUGGUGGCCACCAUCGUCAUCAUCUAUGACUGCCUCAUGGGCUUCCCUGUGCUGGGUAGGCCAUGUGUCCACAGAGGCAUCGGGAUGGCAAAAGAAGUACCUGAAUGGGGAAGUUUGAGACCUGGUUCUCCAAGCCUGUUUCCUCUUCCCCAAAAGGGGUUGGUGGUGAGCUUCAGCAGCCUCCGGGCAGACACCUCGGCGCCCUGGAUGGCGCUGUGUGUGCUGUGGUGCUCGGUGGCCCAGGCCCUCCUGUUGCCUGUAUUCCUCUGGGCCUGUGACCGCUACCGCGCCGACCUCAAGGCCAUCUGGGAGAAGUGCGUGACCCUCAUGGCUAACGAUGAGGACUCAGACAAUGAUCCCAGCCUGGAGGGUGGCAUCCCCCCGGACCUGGUGCUGGAGCACUCGCUCGACUACAGCUAUGGCGGCGACUUUGCGGCCCUGGACAGGAUGGCCAAGUAUGAGCUCUCGGCCCUGGAGGGGGGCGCACCCCAGUUCUACCCACCGCGGCCCUUGCCGGAGAACAAGAUGCAGUACCUGCAGGUCCCGCCCACGCGACGCUUCUCCCACGACGACGCGGAGGUGUGGGCCGCCGUGCCGCUGCCCGCCCUCCUGCCGCGCUGGGGCUCGGGCGAGGACCUGGCCUCGCUGGUGCUGCCCGCCGGGCCGGAGCGCCGCCGCGGCAGCCUGCGGGCCUUCGCAGAGGACGCGCCCCCAUUCCGCCCGCGCCGCCGCUCCGCCGAGAGCCUGCUGGCGCUGCGCCCCCCGGCCCCCGACGGCGGCCGGCGCCGCGCCCGCGACUCGCCCCCCGGCAGCCCGCGCCUCCGCCCCGGGCCCGGCGCCCGCUCCGCCUCGGCCUCGCUGCUGCCGGACGCCUUCGCGCUGACCGCCUUCGAGAGCGAGCCGCAGGCCCUGCGCCGCCCGCCCGCCCCGCCGGGGCCCCGCGUCCACAGCGCGCGGCCGGGUGAGGACGCGGCGCCCCCUGCCGGCGGCGGCGCGCAGCGGUACCCCGGGCCUCGCCCGGCCGCGCACGCGCACGCGCACACGGGACCCCUGAGGACCGGCCUGAGCGCGUCGUGGGGCGAGCCCGGGGGCCUCCGCGCGGCGGGCGGCGGCAGCACCAGCAGCUUCCUGAGCUCGCCCUCCGAGUCCUCGGGCUACGUCACGCUGCACUCGGACUCGCUGGGGUCCGCGUCCUAGGGCCUGCGGGCGCUUCCCCACGCGCGCCCGGCGGGCCGGGCCACCCGCAGGGACCAAAGCACCCAAGAUGCCACGCUGACCGAGGCCGGGUUCCGGGCGGCGCCACGCGGGGCCCACGGACGGCGCCUGGCCAAGUGCCAGCCCUCCCUGCGUGACUGAGCCACGGGCAUCGCCCCGAGGGUCGGUGGCUGCCCUGGACCGCUGCUGGCUACGGCAUCACGGGGCAGAGCGAGGCCGGGCUUGGGUAAAGGCAGGCUCUGCACGCCCUGAUGUGCCUCGCCCAGCCUGGGGCAGCAGCAUUGGGGGGAUGGGGGUAGCAGCAAGGAGCCCAGGACGAAGGCUACCACCAGACAGAACAAAGCCCAGCCCUGCAGGAGCCAUGGGACUAACUGCACCUGGCUUUCCACUUUGCACUGUAAUUGUCUCUCCCCCGCGGGGGGCAGGGUACAGAGGGUCUCUAAGCACAGGGGUCUACAGAGCCCAAACAAGCUCUCUGAGCAGGUGUUCCUGCUGAGCAGUUCUGCCUCCGUUUCCCAUCUGUAAUGAGCAGGUGACCAUAUUAACUCACAGGACUGUUUGGAGCAGUCUUCUGGUCUGUGUGCACCAGCCCCUGCAUGGGUGUGAGAGCAUCUAGGGCCUCUGUGGGUCCUUUGUGGGGGUCAGUCUUCAGUGUGUGGCCUGCUGUGGCCUUUGCACCUGAGGCCUCCCACUCUCAGUGCCCCUGGCCUCCCCAGGAACUCACCCCACCCACACCCCAGCUAAAGCACAACACUUUGCACCGCCACCCACCUUAACCAUUGUUAGUGUCCCCGCCCUCAUCCGUCUCUCCACCAAGCCAGUCACCCGUAGGACUCCCACCAUAAAGAUCGUGGGUCCAUGCUGGGAAAGAACUGAAGCCAAGGGAGAAUGGGCUUCCUUAUCCUGGUGCCCCUGGGGAGGGGUCCUGGCUGAGAGGCCUCCCAGGUUCCCAGUUUUAAGGUCUGGUUCCUGCUGAGGGCAGGGCUCUUUACUUUCUCUCCUGGGCAGGACUUUUGCUGGCCUAGGCUUUGCCAUGGGCGUUGGGGAGGGGCUUGCUGGGUCUUCCCUGGAGAGAGACCUUAGAAUCAGGCUGAGCAGAAGCCCAGGAACAGCUGUGACCUUGAGCUGAAAGGACAGAGGCAAAUGCAGAGGUGGUCUCCUCCUAGACCUCGCCUCCCCACCAUGGCCUCACACAGCUCACAGGGAAACCUGGAGCAAAUCCCAGAGCCAACACGGAGCUUGUCUGCCUUGUGCAGCCUCUCCCCAAUCCUUCCCACCUCUCCUGCCUGUUGCCAGGCCUCUUUCUUCAUCCAGCUGACAGGGUCUCAGCCCCAGAAGAGACCCCUGGGAGGGUCAAGCCUAGGGGACUGGAUCCAUCUCUGCUUCUGAGGCCUCCCUGGCCCCUCACUGGGGGUUGGGGGGGUCAUUAGGGGAGGGAUGAGCUAGUCACAGGUGAGCAAGGCAGGAAGCUGCGGGAUGGCCUAAGCCAUGGGAGGGGCUGCCUCUGGCCAGUGCUGCCGUGCCUUCAAAGACCAACAGGCCAUGUGGGGGCAGAGAUCUCAGCUGGCCACCGUGGCACCCACCCCUGCUCAGGUCCGCUCAUUUGUCACGUUGGGUUUUUAAUCUGUGUACUUCAUAUCCGAUGGCAAUACUUGCAGGGAGACUUGGUACCCCAAAGUCCCUCCAGUUCUGGGUUUUACAGAAAUAAAAAGGAGGGAGGACCCCAACUGGAGGAACCUGGGGCCUGGAGCUCCCUCUCACACUCCCUGAGCCUCCCGGGCCUAUUGGCUGCCUUCGUCAGCAGCUUGACCUGGGCUCACAGGGGCGGGAGCCCUGUCUUCAGAGCCAGGGAUCCGUUUGUAGUUUUUUGACAACUGAGCAUUUCUCUUCUGUACAGGAUACAAUAAAAACUUCCUAUAAUUUGCACCUGGCA